GCUGAACGCGGAGGUUGUCGUCUCCACCUUCAGGAAGCGUCUCUGGCAGCAGAUCUCGCGAGAGCUCCGCACCAGUCGCUUUUGCAGCAGGGCUGAGGGAGACGGAGAGAGAAGGUAAGCGGGGAGGCUGCAUCAUGGCGGACAGAGACAGUGGAAGUGAGCAAGGUGGAUUCGCCACAGGCCCCGGCCCGAUGCACCCGGGCGCCGCAUCGCGGCUCCAGCACGACACGGAGGAGCUCGCCUCGAAGCGGGUGGACAUUCAGAACAAACGCUUCUAUCUGGACGUGAAGCAGAACGCCAAAGGCCGCUUUCUGAAGAUAGCAGAGGUCGGGGCCGGGGGAAACAAGAGCCGCCUGACUCUCUCCAUGUCCGUCGCCGUGGAGUUCCGCGACUACCUAGGAGACUUCAUCGAACACUACGCCCAGCUGGGCCCCAGCAACCCUGACACGGUGCAGGACGAGCCCAGGAGGGCGCUUAAGAGCGAGUUCCUGGUGCGGGAGAAUCGGAAGUACUACAUGGAUCUGAAGGAGAACCAGAGGGGGCGGUUUCUCCGGAUCCGGCAGACCGUCAAUCGCGGGCCCGGCAUGGGAACCUCGCAAGGCCAGACCAUCGCUCUUCCUGCACAGGGACUCAUCGAGUUCCGCGACGCGUUGGCCAAACUCAUCGACGACUUUGGCGUGGACGAGGACCCCGCGGAGCUGCCCGAGGGCACGUCGUUGACCGUGGACAACAAGCGCUUCUUCUUCGACGUGGGCUCCAACAAGUACGGCGUCUUCAUGCGGGUCAGCGAGGUGAAGCCCACCUACCGCAACUCCAUCACGGUGCCCUGCAAAGUCUGGUCCAAAUUCGGCGCGACCUUCUGCAAGUACGCGGACGAGAUGAAGAAGAUCCAGGAGCGAAGCCGAGAGCGGAGGGAGCGCGAGAUGCAACCGGAGGGCCUGCACGGGGACGACGGGGACGAGGACUAAUGCAUACCUGUGCGCACAGGACAAAUGACAUGAUAAUCAGACGUUACUGUAAUGUGGGAUCGAUCUACACACACACACACAAAACCCUCACAGACUCAAACAGUUGCAUCUCUUCACUCAUCGCCGGAAGUUACCCACUUACCCACCAUUUAACAGUAAGACGCUGCUAUCGACAACAUGAUGUAUGAACCGUGUCCAGGAUGGUGCAGGAGUGUGUGCAUAUCCCUCUUUACCCACGUGUGUGACACAUUCAAGCUCUUAUGCACUGCAAAAAAAUCCACUUGUUUUCCAGUACAAAUAUCUAAACAUCCUGAAAACAAUAUAUAUUUAUAUAUACAGUUUUAGUCAGACCACUCAUGACACACAGCAAAGAAUGUAAAUACUAGAAAUAAAAGAACAUACCUAGUCAAUGGUAAAAUGACACGUAAUAUAAAAACAAUACGAUUCGAUAUGCUUUCUGAACACUUCAGCUCUGACACCUGUCAAUCAUGUUGCCAACUUGACAGCGGCCGCUUCAAGUGUAAAAACUGAUGACCUAAUGUUUUGUUUUUUUUUGCAGAUUUUAAAAUGUACUCUUAAUUUUUAAAAAAAAGUACAAAGUGGCGUGAAAAUGCUGUUCAUAUUCAGCAUGCACACUGGGGUUUUUAAUAACGAGAGCGUGCAAAGCGAGUGACGUCAUGGUAGCUUGUUGCCUAUUAGAGCAUCUGACCCCACUCGAACUUGUACAGUUCUGUUUGUCAAGUAAAUUAUUUUAAGGAUGCCGUGAAUUUGACUGGAAAACAAUGAUGGACAUUUUUUUGCAGUAUAAUACUAUUUCCAAAGGUGCAAAUUGAAAAAGAGGAAGAAAUAUAUAAUUAGUGCUCACUUUUGACUUCCAGCACAAAAGCUAUUAUUUAGGAACCGUUUGAACCAAAGGUUCAACAUGCAAACGAACAUCAGGAGUGAAGGAACAGUGAUGCGGCAGUGCUGUGAAUAUUUUAACAUGCACUAUUGUUAGAUUAUUCAAUUUAUAUAAAUGGAUGUCACCCCUUCUGGUUCGACUUAAAAGGUGCACUUGGUCAUUUUUCAUUAUUUAAGCAUUUUUUUCGCCUGGUUGCAUCAUGGGGUCCACCAUGUUGAGAUCACAUGACCAGCCAAAUUAUCAACAUAAACUCAAUGUUAUUAGCCACUUUCAUUUGCAGAAUACAUUUAUCAUGGCAAAAGAAGCUUCAUGUCUAACAUAAACCCAAAAUGACCGAGUGCACCUUGAAAUGCAUAUGAGGAGAUCUAGAUAUGUUUACUCGUUUGCCUUUUAAACUCUAUACACAAAGCAAAUGAGAUUGUUUGUUUGCACGCGUCAUGCAAUGUGUGCUUCGGUAGCCGCACAGCGAAGGCAUUGCUAAAACAACCGGUUGACGUUUGUUCCUGUUAAAUACGAACCCUGUUGCACCGUUGCCCACUGACAUUUGGACAGACGUCUCAUUGAAGUGCUAACGUAGAUAUACAAACUAUGAUUUUGUGAAUCAGAUGUACUUAGAUCCUUAUGAAAUUGCCCACGUUUUCUGUGGGAAUUUUUCUUUAUUUCGUUUUUGGGGACGGGGUGGGAGGGGGGCAGGUACUCAAAAAGGGGCUGUCCACUAGUGCGAGUUGUGUUAAUACCUGCGCGGAGCAUCCUCUACAAUAGUGGUUCUCAACCCGCGGCC